AUACUUCUUGUGCCUUCAGCUCCGGGAGGACAUUGCCUCAGGCCGCCUGCCCUGCUCUUUUGUGACGCAUGCCCUCCUGGGAUCGUACACACUGCAGGCUGAACUUGGGGACUAUGACCCAGAAGAGCAUGGCAGUCAUGACCUCAGUGACUUCCAGUUUGCCCCUACACAGACGAAGGAACUGGAAGAGAAAGUGGCGGAGCUGCAUAAGACCCAUAGGGGUUUAUCUCCAGCGCAAGCUGAUUCUCAGUUCUUAGAAAAUGCCAAGAGGCUUUCCAUGUAUGGAGUCGACCUGCAUCACGCCAAGGACUCAGAAGGAGUGGACAUCAAGCUGGGCGUGUGUGCUAAUGGGCUUCUCAUCUACAAAGACAGACUGAGAAUCAAUCGUUUUGCUUGGCCGAAAAUCCUGAAAAUCUCCUAUAAGCGCAGUAACUUCUACAUAAAAGUUAGGCCAGCAGAGCUGGAACAGUUUGAGAGCACCAUUGGCUUUAAACUGCCAAACCAUCGGGCAGCGAAAAGGUUAUGGAAAGUGUGCGUGGAACAUCAUACUUUCUACAGGCUUGUGUCUCCAGAACAGCCACCAAAGGCCAAGUUCCUGACCCUGGGCUCCAAAUUCCGCUACAGCGGCCGUACCCAAGCGCAGACCCGCCAGGCCAGCACCCUCAUUGACAGGCCGGCACCGCACUUUGAACGCACUUCUAGUAAGCGGGUCUCCAGUAGUCUAGAUGGAGCUCUGAUUGGUAUUGUGGACCGAAGUCUUACGAAGGAUUUUCCUGGCCUUGCUGGGGAGGUUUCAGCACGUGGCCCUGGAGCUGUGAGCCCUACUGUGGUACAAGAUGGUGGUGGCAGCAGGGACCUUAGAAGCCCAGCUAAAACCCCACAUGUGCAACUCACUGAAGGAAAGAAAAAUUCCUUGAGAGUAGAAGGGGAUAAUAUUUAUGUCAGACAUAGCAAUUUAAUGUUGGAGGUUUGUAUAAUUUAAGAAAACAACUCUGUCCUAAUGGCUGCCAGGCUGCUGUGAACGGGGGGUCACGCACAGGCUGGCUGGCUGGCAACUUUCAAGCACAGUGCACGAAAUGCAUGGGGAAAGUUCACCUUGGGAGUGCAUGUUACCAGUCCAACUUUGUUCUUUUAAAGUGGCUUAGGUAGGAAUAUAUCUACUCUAAGUUCUCAAAGUGACAACUGGGAAAAAAAAAAUUCUGUGUAAUCAAAUGAAUAACGUUUUUAUUCAUUAAUCUUGAAGUUCUGCAAGUAAACCUAUUUUCUCCUAAUGGGUUAUCUCCAGGGUUUAGAGUCUGAAGUAACAUGGUCCCAUCCUUAAUACACGUUCACCAGAACAAAUAUCUCUCGAUCUGGCAUUAAGUCAUUUGGCCCUGUGUCCACAAUUUUUUUUUUGGGGGGGGGGGGUUGCGAGAGAGUGCCAGAAUCCAUGCAAU